AAAGUUUUAAAUAGUCAAUAGCCCAGCUCGCGCUACCUUUAGAAAAACCGCUCCCUCGUUUCCUCGUUCAUCUAUUUUCCGCCUUGCGCUCUCAGAAUCCGCCUUCAAAAUUUCCCUCUACCCAUCGACCAUCGCAGUAGAGAGAGAUGGAAAUGGCUCAAACGGACCUCGAUCGCCUCCUAUUCUUCGAGCAAGCUCGGAAGCUGUCCGAGGCCGCCUACGCCAAAAACCCUCUCGACGCUGAAAAUCUUACUAGGUGGGGAGGAGCACUUCUUGAGUUAUCGCAGUUUCACAAUGGCCCUGAGUGCACAAAGUUGAUUAAAGAAUCUAUUGCGAAGUUGGAGGAAGCACUGCAAGUUAAUCCUAGAAAGCAUGAUGCCCUUUGGUGCUUAGGAAAUGCACUCACUUCCCAAGCAUUUCUCACUUCAGACACUGAUGUAGCGAAACUUAUUUUCAGCAAGGCAACUCAGUAUUUCCAGCAAGCAGUAAAUGAGGAACCAGGGAACGAGCUUUAUUUCAAGUCUUUAGAAAUGGCAGCCAAGGCUCCUGAGCUGCAUCUAGAGCUCCAGAGGCAGGGAUUCAAUCCACAGGCAGCUGUAGGAGGAUCUUCUGCUUCAAAUGUGAAGGCUUCCAGGAAAAAGAAAGACAGUGAUCUUAAGUAUGACAUAUUGGGGUGGGUAAUCCUUGCAGUUGGCAUCUUCGCCUGGGUUGGGAUGGCAAAAUCCCAUGUUCCUCCUCCACCACCCCGAUAAGUAGAUCCAUUCUCAAGGUAGAAUGUAUUCUGGCAUUCAGAUCUCCUCCCAUUUCAUCCAGAGGGUUCAAAAAGAACGGCACAUGGAAAAUAACCCAAUACUUGCAUCCUUGUAGCCAAAUGUCAAUGUUGGUCUAAUCACAUGUUCUUUUGGGGUUGAAAUAUAUGACUAAUGCGGAAAGAUUAUGUGUCUUUUAUAUGAGGGUAAUGAUUUAGAAAAUUCUGGUUCAUUUGUUUUA